CCACAUAUAUGAUAUAUCCCUUCCUCCCCACCAGAACAAAUUCUUCUUCUUAUUCUUUAGUCAGCAGAGGGUUUUUGUUUUCAGCAACCUAACCUAGUUUCAUGUAAAUAGUAGUAGUAGUAAUAAUAAUAAUAAUAAUAAUAUUAAUAAUGGUAAUGCAAGUUUUCAAAAUAAUCUAUUCACUUGGAAAAAAAUCCCUAUUCUCACCUGCAACCAGCAGGCGAUGUGCCUCACAACAGAAGAUGUUUCAUACGUCUACCAUGAAGGCAGCAAAAAAGAGUGGUCCUUCAUUGGAAGCGCUUCCGAAACCACCCGCUUCUCGGCCACCAUCAAAGUGGCGAUAUUAUCUGCUUCCAACUGCUGUUCUUGGUGGAAUUGGUGGUGGACUUCUUUAUUUGCAUUUGAAUGAUGAAAAGCGAGCUAUUCGUAUAGGACAGGGUACAAAUGUUGGAUAUGGUUCACGAAACGGUCCAGUUAUUGGUGGCCCUUUCAGAUUGAUUGAUGCAAAUGGUAGAAUAGUUACAGAAAAGGAUCUUCGAGGAAACUGGGUACUUUUGCACUUUGGUUAUACUUCAUCCCCUGAUGUGGGGCCUUCAGAACUUUUGAAAUUAGCCAAGGCUAUCUGCGCAUUAGAUUCCCCUGAGUCGCAACCAAACAUGAAGGUUCAACCUGUUUUUGUUACAGUGGAUCCGCAGCGUGAUACCCCAUCUCAUCUUCGUGCUUAUCUUAAAGAAUUUGAUGAGAGAAUAGUGGGUCUAACUGGACCAGUUGGUGCUGUAAGGGAUAUGGCGCAUGCGUACAGAGUGUUCUUUAAGAAAGUUGACGAAGAUGGGGAUGAUUAUCUUGUCCAAACUUCAUAUAACAUGUACUUGAUGAAUCCUAAUUUGGAAAUUGUUAGAACCUUUGGGCUCGAGUAUAAUGCAGAGCAACUAGCAGAAGAGAUUCAGAAAGAAUUACACAGGAACAAAUUGUAACUUGUUCUUUGCAUCAAAAAAUGAAAAAUGUUACAAUAGGUUAGAGUUAGUUUAAUUCGGGAUCGUAGCAUCAUAUAAUUCGUAACGGAAGCACCCAUUAGGCCAUUACUGUUAGAUACGAGCUCUAAGUUCGAUCAUGGGGUACACAAAUUUUUGAAAGCCAGGUUUGAUUAGGCUCAUACGGGCUUUUUUUGUCAAAUUGUUGAGAGUUAAUUUGGAUAGACUGAAUCAUAUGGCCUUCAUGAUGAUUGUCAAAUGAAAUUUUGAUUUCUCUCUUUUUAUA